GCUUGGCGGGGCGCUCACACCCGCGCCCGCCGCCGCCGGGCAUGGAGGGUGUUGAGGCGGCCGCCCGCGGCAGCAGCAGCCCCGCGCAGCCCCGCUGCUCCUCCGGCGGCGGCGAGGCGAAGGCGGUAGCGGCAGCGGCCAUGGAGGAGCCGCUCGGGGAGGCUCCGUCCCCAGAGGUAACGGCCGCAGCGAGGAAGCAGCAGGGAGUGAAGCGGCAUCACCAUAAGCACAAUCUGAAGCAUCGUUACGAGCUGCUGGAGACCUUGGGCAAAGGCACCUAUGGCAAAGUCAAGCGGGCCAUCGAGAGGUUUUCUGGCAGAGUGGUUGCAAUAAAAUCCAUUCGUAAGGACAAAAUUAAGGAUGAGCAAGAUAUGGUUCACAUCAGACGGGAGAUUGAGAUCAUGUCAUCCCUCAGCCACCCUCAUAUCAUCACCAUCUAUGAAGUGUUUGAAAAUAAAGAUAAGAUUGUGAUCAUCAUGGAGUAUGCAAGCAAAGGAGAGUUGUAUGAUUACAUCAGUGAGAGGCGACGAUUGAGCGAAAGAGAGACAAGACACUUCUUUCGACAAAUAGUCUCUGCUGUACAUUACUGCCACAAGAACGGUGUUGUCCACAGGGACCUAAAAUUGGAGAACAUCCUUCUUGAUGACAAUUUUAAUAUUAAGAUUGCUGAUUUUGGGCUCUCCAACCUUUAUCACAAAGACAAGUUUCUUCAAACCUUUUGCGGAAGUCCAUUGUAUGCUUCCCCUGAAAUAGUUAAUGGACGACCUUACAGAGGCCCAGAGGUUGACAGCUGGGCCCUUGGUGUGUUGCUUUACACUCUCGUUUAUGGAACGAUGCCUUUUGAUGGCUUUGAUCACAAAAAUCUCAUCAGGCAGAUCAGCAGUGGAGAAUAUCGUGAGCCAACACAGACCUCAGAUGCUCGUGGUCUUAUCAGAUGGAUGCUGAUGGUGAACCCUGAGCGCCGAGCAACCAUUGAAGACAUUGCCAACCACUGGUGGGUCAACUGGGGCUACAAGAGUAGUGUUUGUGACUGUGAUGCCAUGAGGGACUCCGAGUCCCCAUUGCUGGCAAGGUUCAUUGAUUGGCAUCACCGUUCUACUGGCCUUCAACCAGAGACUGAUACCAAAAUGAAGUGCCUUUCUAAGCCCAAAGGUCCUGAAGUCACGUUAGAGAGACAAAGGUCUCUGAAAAAAUCAAAAAAGGAAAAUGACAUUGCACAGUCCAUCCAGGAGGGAGGAGCUGAAAAUGCAUCCAAACCCACCUCUAAGAGACCCAAAGGCAUCCUGAAGAAAAGGAGCAACAGUGAACAUCGAUCUCACAGUGCAGGUUUCAUUGAAGGAGUGGUCAGCCCAGUGUUACCCUCUGCUUUUAAGCUGGAGCAAGAGUUGUGUAGGACUGGCGUAGCCAUUAAAAGUGUUGUAGAGGGAGAGGUAGCAGGCAAAUAUGGCACUAAGCAGUCUUCACUAAUGCCAAAAAAAGGAAUCUUGAAGAAGACUCAGCAGAGGGAGUCUGGCUAUUACUCCUCUCCAGAACGAAGUGAAUCCUCUGAACUCUUGGACAAUAAUGAUGAGACAGUAAACAGCGACACUUCUCCGGGGAUCACAGAGCCAUCCAGAAAUGGGUCUUACAGCCAUUCCUGCAGGCGUAAGGGCAUCUUGAAACAUAACAGCAAGUAUUCCACGAGCGGCACUGAUUCUGCUUUGAUUAGCCCUGACACACCAACGCUGGAGGCCAUGGAAGAAGUGGUCCUGCCUGGGGAUGCAUUACCUCGAAGUUACAGUCGCCCUUCCAGUGUGAUUAGCGACGACAGUAUUUUGUCCAGCGACUCCUUUGAUUUGCUGGAUUUGCAAGAGAACAGGCCAAACAGACAGAGGAUACGGAGCUGUGUCUCUGCUGAAAAUUUCCUCCAGAUCCAGGACUUCGAAGGACUUCAGAACCGCCCACGGCCACAGUAUCUAAAGCGUUAUCGCAACCGCCUGGGGGACAGCAGUUUUUCCCUUCUUACAGACAUGGAUGAUGUGACUCAGGUCUACAAGAAAGCCCUAGAGAUCUGCAACAAGCUCAACUAGCAGGGGGAGGAUGGAAAGGGAGGGAAGGAAGGGAGUUUAUCUGUGUACCUUUAUGAUGGAGUAAGCCAGGUCUCUGAUUUGCUGACGAUGGUAGGUUUUGCUUCAGAGGGGCUGACCGUACCUCCUUAGCUGAACUCCUAGUAAAGUAGCCCGAAAGCUCUCUCACACUACCCUAAUUUUGUGUCCUCAAAACAUUACCUGACCAGAGAAAAACCUUUGGUCUUUUUACAUGUGGUGGAAGUACAUCAGGAUCUAGCAGACAAAAGUGUCGAGAUUUGAUGGCUUGAAGUCAAAGCUAGACAGAAUUAAAACUGGAAGUGAAGGACACAUGUUUUGAGAGGUUUGUAAUUAAUAUUAGAUUGGCUUUAUCAAGAGAUGAGCUGAAUUCUUCAAACCAAAUUUAGAUGUCUUUUAGGAGAAACUUCUUUUCCCCCUGAACUUGUUAAUCUGGAUACAGUCAUUGCACAUUGGGAGUCUUUGGUUUGCAUUAUGCAGGAGGCCAGGCUAGGUGGUCACCAUUAUCUUUUCCACCAGACUGACCCAAGAGGUUCUGAACAUGAUCUGGAACAGAUAAUUUGAGACACCCCAGAAUAACCUCAUGAGGUGUGUGUGGACACAUGGUGGAGCAGGCAUUCAGAUCUGGCCCCUCACAUAGCCACUUCUCUUCAGUGAGAAGGAGGCCCUAAAAUUAUUUCCAGCUACUGCUUCUACCAGUAAAAACAGAGUCACAGAAAUGAUAAUGGGAACUAGGAGGAAUAGAUGCCAUCAGCAGGUAAAGGGCAUUUUAAGGCAUUUCAACCUAUGUAUUCCAUUCGUGACUCUUUCAAAAUGGCCAGCCAGAUAGAUGCCCAGACAAAGAUGGAUCUAACAAAGGGUCUCAAAUGUUAACUGACCCUCCAGCUAGAGUUCAGUCUAUGUCAGCAAAUGGUAGCACCUUGCUGUUAGCUUGUAGUAUUUGAGGGUGACAGGUAGUUUGGGACCAGAAUGUUAGGUAAGGAAAAGGUUGUAGCAUGUAGGAAAUGGAUAGAGGUCAGAAAGUUAGUGGGAAGAUGCCUUUCUCCAAAUUAAAAUGUUUCUAGUUAGGUAGUAAUGGAGCAGAAAGAAUUGAGCGAUUAAAUGAUAAUGGUAGGUUUGAUAACAGGGUUAGCAUAAAAUUGCAGGCCUCUCUCCAUAUAGUGUAGCUGGUACUGUGUGUGCAAUGAUACCAGUUUGAAGAAAAAACGAGGAGGAUAUGUGUUUGUGUUCUCAGACAUACCUAAGUAUCCAGACUGAAGGCUUCAACUCCCAUAAAGGUACCACAUGGGUCUACUGGAUUACCUGAAUGUAAGCCUAUGUCAGAAAGGCACUGUGUGUUUGACAGGCCUGGGCAAACUGGAACCUUAAGGCCCACUUCAGUCUCAUUUCCAUGAGCACAUAGCCCCUGGCUUUCUUUGAGGUGCACUGGUGCAAAGAAGUGGCAGGUAUCAGCCUAUGGUGUUAAGUGAUACACAGCUGCAAAACUUUUAUCUAUAUGCAUACCAAGAGCAGAGGAGCACGGGAUGAUCUGUGUUCUCACACCUACCUGUAACUGGAACUCAAAGCAGAAUUUGGACCAGUAUCCAAAAUCGUAGAGAUUGUGCAGAAACAGAACAGAGUUCCUCUGAGAGUUGAGGAUAACCCCAUAAGUCGUUGGCAUCUGAGGCAGGGAGCCAUCAUUUCACUUGCAGGUUCAUUAUUUGGUAUAUCAUGGUACAUAAGUCUGCUGGUCUGCUGGAAAUUUUUCUUAUGGUGAAACACUGGACCAAAUUUGGCCCUGGAGGAAAUGACAUCAAUACCAUGAAAUCUUAUGAGAGGCAUGUGCUGUCAGGUAUUCAAGUGGAAUUUGUCUCCCUACCCAUUUGCUCAGGAAGAGCAAUUGCAGGCCAUUUCUCUACAGAUACAUACCUCCCUGUAUGAUAUUCAGGCAGCCCAUCUUCUCACAUGCCCUGCUUGUGCUCUUCUAGCCCGUCCGAAAGCAACGCCCCAUUUUGCCCCAUGUAUGGAGUUAACAAGUUUGCUGUGGUGCAUUUUAGAACAACCUGACAUAGUCUCCACGGCCUUUCUGAAACAAAGGGAUCUGAAAGGAUGUGCUUUGCAACCACAGCUUUUAACUUGUGCCCCAGAGCCUAAAAGCCAGCUCCUCAGCUGGUGUGAAUCAGUGCUGUCCCAUUGCCGUGAUGGAGCAUCGCUUUGGUGGCUUUGCGCUGAUUGGCACCUUCCCUGCAGAUUUGGCACUAAACCUCAACUGGAUUUAUAGAGGUUUCAGGACAAAGGCAAGGGGACUCAGGCAGCUGUGGCAGGGAGGUGAGAAGUACCCCAAAGGCUCAUAUCUCCCGAGGCUUUUGCCCAGGCCUACUUCUUCCUUGUGUACAAAUGUGAAUGAGUGACUGCUUGCUGCCAAACUGGAAAUGUUUUGUAGGGAUUUACUGGCAUGUUACUGGCAUGUUACAUGUUUACUGGCAUGUUAUCAUUCCUAAAAGAGAAGAAGAGAAAAAAAAAACUUGACUGCACAUUGUUAUUAUUAGUGUUGUGAUUUUUAUUUAAUUUUUUUGUAAUACAAAGUUGACUUUUUUAUUUGAAUUUGUCUUUUUUUUUUUUUAUUUAUUGGUCUGAAAGCCAUUUCAAAGGUAUAAUAAUAUAUUUGGUGUAAUUUAAUUGGUGCAACAUUAUUUUACAGCUCCGGCCAAAAUUGUUUGGUGUUUUUUUUUGGUUUUUUUGGUUUUUUUUCUUCCAAUCCUUGGUUGGUUUGAGCUCAACGAGGCACACAGGGGAAAACGCUGGAUAAUCACCCAAAGUGUUUGUAUUUUUAAUCUGAUACUGUUUUUUUAUUAAAUAAAAUGAAACU